AUGGCGGGUGGGCGGUGUCAGAACGUGUCAGCGACGUGCUGUGCAAAGCUACAGACGGGAAAGAAGGAAGGGGGUGCUGAUGCUGUGUAGUGAUCUUUGAGGUUAAGCGUCAGCACAAACAACAACAACAAAAAUGGGGGAACUAUUCCGAAGUGAGGAGAUGACCCUGGCGCAGCUUUUCCUCCAGUCGGAAGCUGCAUACUGCUGUGUCAGUGAGCUGGGGGAGCUGGGAAAAGUGCAGUUUCGAGAUUUAAAUCCAGAUAUCAACGUUUUCCAAAGAAAAUUUGUCAAUGAGGUGCGACGGUGCGAAGAGAUGGACCGGAAACUGCGUUUUGUGGAAAAGGAGAUUAAAAAAGCUAAUAUCCCAAUCCUUGACACGGGGGAAAACCCAGAAGUUCCCUUCCCUAGGGACAUGAUUGACCUUGAGGCAAAUUUUGAGAAGAUUGAAAAUGAACUGAAAGAGAUUAACACCAAUCAGGAGGCUCUGAAGAGAAACUUUCUUGAGCUGACUGAACUAAAAUACAUUCUGCGCAAAACCCAACAAUUUUUUGAUGAGGCUCAAUUGCAUCAUCAUCAGCAGAUGGCGGAUCCAGAUCUCCUGGAAGAAUCAUCCUCACUUUUGGAACCAAGCGAGCUUGGAAGAGGAACCCCCUUAAGACUUGGAUUUGUGGCUGGCGUUAUUAACCGCGAGAGGAUACCGACGUUUGAGAGAAUGCUUUGGCGAGUUUGCAGAGGAAAUGUCUUCCUGCGCCAAGCAGAGAUUGAAAACCCCCUGGAAGAUCCUGUAACAGGGGACAGUGUUCACAAGUCUGUUUUCAUAAUAUUCUUCCAAGGAGACCAGCUCAAGAACCGGGUUAAGAAGAUUUGUGAAGGGUUCCGUGCCUCUCUCUACCCUUGUCCAGAAACUCCUCAGGAGCGAAAAGAAAUGGCAGCUGGGGUGAACACGCGUAUUGAUGACCUACAAAUGGUCCUCAACCAAACCGAGGACCAUCGCCAACGUGUGCUCCAAGCUGCUGCCAAGACUAUUCGUGUUUGGUUCAUCAAAGUGAGGAAAAUGAAGGCCAUCUACCAUACGCUGAACCUCUGCAACAUUGAUGUGACCCAGAAGUGUCUGAUUGCUGAAGUCUGGUGCCCGGUGGCCGAUCUUGAUUCUAUCCAAUUUGCCCUUAGGAGGGGAACUGAACAUAGCGGAUCAACUGUUCCUUCCAUUCUGAACAGAAUGCAGACUAACCAGACUCCUCCAACUUACAACAAGACUAACAAGUUUACUAGUGGGUUUCAGAACCUAGUGGAUGCUUAUGGCAUUGGCAGUUAUCGUGAAAUAAACCCAGCUCCUUAUACCAUAAUCACGUUUCCUUUCCUGUUUGCUGUGAUGUUUGGAGAUUUUGGUCAUGGGAUCCUGAUGACUUUGUUUGCAGUUUGGUUGGUUGUGAAGGAGAGCCGGAUUCUUUCCCAGAAAAGUGACAACGAGCUUUUCAACACCAUUUUUAGCGGCCGGUACAUCAUUCUCCUGAUGGGUCUGUUCUCGGUCUACACUGGUCUCAUCUACAACGACUGUUUCUCCAAGGCUCUAAAUCUGUUUGGUUCAUCAUGGAGCGUUAGACCAAUGUUUGAAAAGCGUCUUGGUAACUGGACAGAGGACCUUCUUAAGCAUGUGUCUGUUCUACAGUUGGAUCCAAAUGUUACUGGAGUAUUUAAUGGGCCAUACCCAUUUGGAAUUGAUCCAAUCUGGAGCAUAGCUACCAACAAGCUGACCUUUUUGAAUUCUUUUAAAAUGAAAAUGUCAGUGGUUCUUGGCAUAACACACAUGCUUUUUGGAGUAACUCUCAGCCUCCUAAAUCAUAUUUACUUCAAGAAGCCCCUGAACAUAUACCUGAGUUUCAUCCCAGAGAUUAUAUUUAUGAGCACUCUUUUUGGAUACUUGGUGAUCCUCGUACUGUACAAGUGGUGUGCGUUCGAUGCGGCUACCUCUAAGGAUGCCCCGAGCAUCCUCAUUCACUUCAUCAACAUGUUCCUCUUUAGCUAUGGUGAAACGGCUCCACCUGCACUAUACAGCGGCCAGAAAGGGUUGCAGAUUUUCCUCGUGGUGUGUGCACUGCUGUGCGUGCCCUGGAUGCUGGCUCUCAAACCUCUUAUCCUCCGCAGACAGUACCUGAGGAGAAAACACUUAGGUACGCAUAACUUCGGAGGCAUUCGCAUUGGGAACGGGCCCACAGAGGAAGAUGCCGAAAUAAUUCAGCACGACCAGCUAUCCAUGCACUCGGAAGAAGGCGAAGAGCCUGCCGUGGAAGAAGUGUUCAGUUUUGGAGACACAGUGGUCCACCAGGCCAUUCACACCAUUGAAUACUGUCUGGGAUGCAUUUCCAACACUGCCUCCUAUCUCCGACUCUGGGCCUUGAGUUUGGCACAUGCCCAAUUGUCGGAGGUGCUGUGGACGAUGGUAAUGCAUGUCGGCCUACACGUCGGCAAUCUGGGGGGCGGUAUUCUACUGGUCUUUGUGUUUGCUGCAUUCUCCACACUGACUGUAGCUAUCCUCCUGGUUAUGGAGGGCCUCUCUGCUUUUCUCCAUGCCCUGCGUCUGCAUUGGGUGGAAUUUCAGAACAAAUUUUACUCUGGGACAGGUUUCAAAUUCCUGCCGUUUUCUUUUGAGAACAUCCGAGAAGGCAAAUUCGAUGACUGAAUUCGUCUCGACCCCUCAACUGGAUCUCCUUUACCUUCCUGUAAUAUUGUACUCCAGUAAUUUGUGCAUUGUUUAUUAGUGAAAACAUGCUAUCUGUAGUGCUUCACAGAACCACUGUGAUGCUUGGUGUUAAAUAGGAGCCAUUUUGUGUGGUCAUCACAUCUAAGAAAAUACCAGAUUUGCUGCCCUGUUUGGCGCAUACCAGCUCCACCAAGUUAGGAAAUAUGGCUGUGUUAAAAAUUCAAAUAUUUAUUUCGGAAAUCGGCAAGAUGUUGGGCUAUCU